GGCUUGAACUGGAGAUCCUCCUGCCUCAGCCUCCCAGAGUGCCGGAAUGUUUGUGUUUUCAACUGAGAGCACAGAGCCGGACAGGCUGGAUAAUUUACUGUAGGCCAUGAAAGCUGCUCGGAGCUGGGAUGCGAGCCUUGGGCUUAGGGGGCUCCUCAUCGCGGCACUGGCCUUCCCGCCACACCGGCAGAGCGGGAAUGGAGGGCAGCCCCCCCCGUCUUGUGUCCACAGCCAGACAGACCCCGUGGAAGAGUCGCAGGAGCCGUGCCUGUAUUCUCGGGAGUCCCGGAAGUUCUUGUGCCAGCUUCCAGUUCCAGAGGGGGACACCUCCACCCGGAUGGUGUCCGCCUGUGUGGCCAACAGUGCUGGGAACAGGACCAGCAGCAAUGAGGCGGUGCAGGUCACUAAGAUCUUGAAGCCCGACCCACCCGCCAACAUCACCGUCACUGCCGUGGCCGGGCACCCGCAGUGGCUCAACGUCACCUGGAAAGACCCCUGCUCCUGGGACUCUGACUUCUACCGGCUGCACUUUGAGCUGCGGUACCGGGCAGAGCAGUCCAGGGCCUUCACGACCUGGCUGGUGGGUUCCUCCCUCCGGGAUGGGCGCGGGGCCAGAAAUCAGUCGGUGGCGGCCGGGUCCCUUCCAACAGGCCGGGCAGCCCGCGGGGAUGGGCACUGCGCGCUCAGGCUGCGUGGGCACCGGCGAGCCGCAUUUGACCGGGCGAUGACGACCGUCGUCGCUCGGGGGAUUAAUAAAGUUAGCGUGCUCGUGAUGAAACAAACUCCAGAAAACUACGAGGAGCUACUGGACCGUGCCGGCUGUUGCGCCCUUUUAGAUAACACUGCGGUGAUCGCUGUUGUACUUGUGGGCCCGUCCGGCGGGACUGGAGUCUGUCGGACGCUCACAGUGCUCUUCCUUCUCUCUGCAGAGCCCAGGCCUUCCCCAGCUGUGCCCCACGUCACCAAGGUGCCCACGACUGAUGGAGAGAACCCAAGUUCCCCAGGAGCAACCAGCCUCCCAGUGCACGUUUCCUCCUCGGCGCCGCUGCCUGCGUUCCUGGUGGCUGGAGGAAGCCUGGCCUUCGGGUCUCUCCUCUGCAUCGGCCUCGUCCUGAAGUUCAAGAGGACGUGGAAGCCGCGGGCUCUCCAGGAGUGCAAGCCGAGCGUGCACCCGCCUCGUGCCCUGGGGCAGCCCAAGCCCACCCUCGCGCUGGCUCCUCUGCUGUCCCCGCCAGUGUCCCCCAGCAGCCUGGGGUCUGACAACACCUCGAGCCAAAGCCGGCCAGAUGCCAAGGACCCACGAAGCCCUUACGACGUCAGCAACAGAGACUACUUCUUCCCCAGAUAGCCGCCUGGCCUCCUGGCCGCCGGGCCAGGUGUGGAACAGGACCGUCUGCUGCCGACCGACAAUCUCAGGCCACGGCUGCGUGGACACGGCGGCGGGUUUCUGCAUCUGUCCAGAAGGAAGAGGUGGUUGAAUUCUCAAACCUCCCUUCCCAAAUGCUCUGCUAACGGGGGGUUCAGGGAACUGAGGCCAGCACACAGGGAGCCGAGGGGACACUGCGGAACUGCUGGUCACCAGGCCCAACACAGCCGAAGGGCACGCUCGCGGGCAGACAGGUCCCCAGCAGGCUGCCCACCUGCGGGCCCGGCACUGCACCACGGCUCCUCCUGGCUCGGCUCUGAAGGCCCAAGUGCCUUUGCCGCUCUGCUUUUUCUGGGCCUGUGAGGCCUUCGCGUAAACCACUGGGGGUGGGGGACUUUCCUGCCUCUCUUCCCACAUUUGGAAAAGAGCCCAGGGUGGGGUGGGCUGUGGUGGGCAGUAUCUCAGGGCCCCACAGCUUAAAUGGAAUUUGAUUAGCCCUCAUGGACUUAACUGCGAACGGUGCAGAGUCCCAGGCCUCUGCUGACUCCAGAAUGGUCCUUGGGUCUCAAGGCUUUGGAAAUAGGGGUCCUCUGUCACUACUGAGGGGAUCAAGACUCUGAAACCCAUAUUCUCUCUCCCGGCCCACCAGAGGAGGGCUGGAACUAGGAGGGCCGCUGCCCAGUGCCAGGAUUGACAGCAGAAGUUUUCACUGAGCUCCAUCAACUCCGGGUUCAGCUAGGCCUGGGGUGCCAGCAGAGAUCGUGUUCAUGGGGGAAAACAUGAAGCCAGCAAGAAUGUACUUCAAUUUGUUUUUUUAAAUGCCAUUUUCUCUUGAGACAUGGGAAGACCCAGUAUUCUCUGAGUGUCAGUAUAUAAAUAGCUUGGGGUUAGGGGAAGCACAAUAACUUUGUUUUUAGUACGAAACCAAGUCGAGUGAAAAGGGAGGAGGGGGAAAAUAUUUUCCUCUACUAGAGAAGAGAUUCUGGUUUCAUUCUGUAUUUUGUUUUUGCCUUACAAAGUGCCAAGGCAGGCUGGCGCUCCUGGGCUGUAGGGAUGACAGGUGCGGCCCCUCUGGAGGCUGGGAGACUGUGACCCUUUCCCAGCCCUGUGCCUCCUACGGUUGUGGCAGGGUCCUGCGCUCCCCACCCCAAAGCCGCAGACCCUCCUGUCAGAGGGGAAGUUCGCUUCAGAAAAUCCCUUGCGUCGGCGCUUUCCCCUCCCUCUGUUCUUGGCUGGAUUCUGUCCGGCUAGGACAGAAGUGCAGCAAGAGUGUGGCCACCAGGCUGACGGCCCCCUCAGCCACGCCUGUCCCGGCUGGGUGCACGCCAUGGUGACAGUGGCCCCAGGCAGGUGCCACAGACGAGCUGUGAUUGAAAUGAGUUGUACAACCACAGGCCCCAAGUUACCAAAGCACAGGGCUCUUGUAGUAGUUUAUCCUUUUAGAAAAAACAUCACCACCCAACAGAUGUCGCAGGCUGACAGCCGCUGCAUUGCUCGGUUGUCACCGUCUCGAGGUGGUCAUGACUGCCACCGGCUUUGUCAGUGUGGGACCCCGGGGCACCCCAAGGUGACCGAGUUAAGCAGCUGUCUGUGGCCUCCCCUACCCUGGCUAAGUUCCUGGGACUCUGCACUGCUGUGAAAGGGAAAUGUUGGAGGUGAGGGCCUCCGUGAGAAAGGUGAUUCUGUGCCCACGGUUCUUUACUUCCUGUGCAUAGUUUUACCCACAUGUAACUUUGCAGAGCCCCAAGAGGAAGAUGCAACAAUCUGGAUAGCUCAUUGUCUCCGGAGCCAGGCAGCUUUGAUCUCUACAUUGCUGUUACUUUCAUUAUUACUGUAACCGAACUGCCUUUUUUUCUGUGUCGAAGAGGUUUUUUCCCCUUGGUUUUAUAAGCUAGUGUCGAUGAAGGAAGUCUUUGCCUUCUCAGAGCCCAGGGUGUUGUCUGAGAGUUCCAGCCCCAGGCCUCCGCCUUUGCUUUCUGGGUUUCUGCAACCCGCAAGCUGCCUCAUACCCUGUACCCUGCGGUCGCUCGCCUGACACCUGCAGCCGUGGGCCACACGCUAGGACACAGUUUAGACGGCCCCAGACCCGCCCGAGGAUGGGAAGGCAGCUGUGUGGGUCGGGGUCUGUGCCAGCGUGACCCUUGGCUCUGGUAGCAUUCAGGAGGCAGGCCAGGGGCACUUCCGGGGCAAACCUGCGGCUGUGCCCGUGUCCGCGGAGAGCCACACACACGGCCUCGGCCCCAUCCCCCUGCCGCCUGGGGAGAAGGGGCAUGGUCCCCACACGGGG